AUGGCAAUCUUCAACCUCCUCCUCACCCCAUGGGGGCUCGUCUCCCUGGGCGCCGCAAUGUUGGUCGCAUACUACGUGGUGCCAUACUUCACCACCUUUGGCCACCUGCGCGCCAUCCAGCCGGCAUCGCCAUUAGCCGGCUUCACGAACCUGUGGCUGCUGUACACCUCGCGGGUCGGGCAACGGUCGCUCAUGGUAGACGAGGCGCACGCCCGGCUCGGCCCCGUGCUUCGGGUGCAGCCGAACCAUGUCUCCAUCGCUGAUGAUGAGGCCAUCAACAUCAUCUACGGCCACGGCAAUGGGUUCCUGAAGUCGUCAUUUUACGACGCAUUUGUCUCGAUCCGUCGCGGUCUGUUCAACACCCGUGACAGGUCGGAGCACACCAGGAAGAGGAAGCUCGUCAGCCACACCUUUGCGCCCAAGAGCGUCGGCCAGUUCGAGCCGUAUAUUCACCAGAAUAUGGAGCUGUUUGCCAAGAAGUGGGACGACUUGAUUGAACGGACCAAGAGGUCUGAUGGAUGGGCGCCUGUCGAGUGUUUGCAGUGGUUCAACUUUGUCGCCUUCGACACCAUUGGCGAUCUCGCCUUCGGCGCUCCCUUUGGUAUGCUCAACGCCGGGGCAGACAUCGCCGAGGUUCGCAUGUCGGUCGACUCGGACCCCAUCUACGCACCGGCCGUCGAGAUUCUCAACCGCCGCGGCGAGGUCUCGGCCACGCUCGGGACCCUGCCCGAGCUCAAACCCUACGCCGCCUACCUCCCAGACUCCUUCUUCACCAAGGGCCUGGCCGCCGUCCAGAACCUAGCCGGCAUCGCCAUCGCCCGCGUCAAGAGCCGCCUCGACAACCCGCCCGACGUGAACCGCAAGGACCUGCUCGCGCGGCUGCAGGAGGGCCGCGACGCCAAGGGCGAGCCCCUGGGAUUCGAGGAGCUGGCCGCCGAGGCCCUGACGCAGCUGAUCGCCGGCAGCGACACCACCAGCAACAGCUCCUGCGCCCUGCUGUACUGGACCGCGCGCACUCCCGGCGUCCUCGCCAAGCUGCAGGCCGAGCUGGACGCCGCCAUCCCCGAGGGGGUCACGGCGCCGUCGUUCGAAAUGGUCCGCAACCUACCCUACCUCGAGGCCGUCAUCAACGAGACGCUGCGUAUCCACUCCACCUCGGGAAUCGGCCUCCCGCGUGAGGUACCCCCCGAGUCUCCGGGAGUCACCAUCCGCGGCCAGCACUACCCGCCGGGAACGGUCCUGAGCGUCCCCACGUACACGAUCCACCACAGCAAGGAGAUCUGGGGUCCCGACGCCGACGAGUUCAGGCCCGAGCGCUGGAUUGAGAACGGUGGGCUCACAGCCCGGCAGAAGAACGCUUUCAUCCCCUUUAGCUACGGACCCAGGGCCUGCGUCGGCAGGAACGUGGCCGAGAUGGAGAUGAAGAUGAUUGCCGCCACGUGGGUGAGAAGGUACGACGUCGAGGUCAGGCAGGAAGUUAUGGAGGUGAGAGAGGGGUUCUUGAGGAAGCCGCUGGCGUUGGAGAUUGGGCUGAAGAGGAGGAGCUGA